AUGUAUGGAGGAACCCUCUCCUUCCUUCUACCCUCGCUUGUAUUCUUUUUCUUGUUUCACCUCUCGGGCCUUCUAGACCCAUACGUUCAACUUCCCCACGUAGUCGCUUUGCCCGAAUCCAGUCUUUCGGUGCGUAUCACGGCGGUCCUAGUAGUCGGUGCCCUUUCUCUCACAUUCCUAGCUCCAGACGUCUUCAACGGGCGACGUUUGCUCCAUUAUAUGACCCAUCCCCGCCAUAUACUAUCGGGAGGCCGUUUUGCGAAGUCGGCGCUGUCACGCGAGGCCCGAAUCGCCCGCCGCAAUGGCGGUGAAGUGGGUGGCCUCAGCAAUGAGGGCAACACAUGCUUCAUGAACUCGGUAAUCCAGGCAUUGGCGCUGUCGCAUGAACUCUUGCAGUUUAUGAACUCCCAUAUCUAUGAGGUUGUCAGUGCGCCCGAUGGGUCCACAGUGCAGACGAAUACAUUGAAACGGAACAUGCUGUUCACCGUAGCUUUAAAACAGUUGUUGGACGAGCUCAAUGGCGCCUACGGACUGCGCGGUAAAGAAUUUUCGACUCGCUAUCUCAUGAAGAAAAUGUCCGAUGGCCCCAAGCAGAAUUUCUUUAUGGGCUAUAACCAAGAAGAUGCACAGGAAUUCUAUCAGCUUGUGAUGCGGAAGGUCGAGAAGGAACUCAAAAAGUCCACCGAGUCUGAAACCUCUGGUAGCGAAUCUGCGCCUAGCUCGCCCUCUACCUUUUCUCUGAAUGACACAGAAAAAAGCUCCUCAGAUAAGUAUGUCAACAUAGACUCUGUUCCAGGUUACAUCACUGGAUGUCAGGACAUCGGCCACUUGGGCAAAGUUUACGUGCCUGCCCAUCAGAUAGAUCCCAACAUUGCCGAUAGCACACGCCAGCUCUACGGUAUGGAUUUGGUGACUCCCGUAGAUGGAAUAGCUGCGGAACGUAUCGGCUGCAUCAAUUGUGGAGAAACGGGUGGCAUUCGCUACUCAGUCAUCAGUGGCUUAAGUUUGAAUCUACCAUACGAGCAGGGCUUUGGUGCCCGUUACGACUUGGUCAACCUAUUACAACAAUGGGAGAAGCCCGAGAUAAUCGAUGAGGUGAACUGCAACCGCUGUGGUUUAGAACAAACCAAACAGUUCUUGCUCAAAAAUUCAGAUAACAACCCCAUCGAGCAAGUCGUAGCCAACUUUGAGAAGCGCAUUGCUGCCAUCGAUGAAGAGCUUCUGAAGGACAGUAUUUCUGAUGAGGUAUUUGAGAAAUUGGCAACGAAGAAAAACACACAGAAGACACUGAAAUCGAAGCAAAUCUUGCUAAGUCGUCCGCCUCCGUUGUUAGCCAUCCAUAUCAACCGGUCUGUUAUUGAUCCACGGACAUUCAUGAUCGUGAAAAAUCCCAAGAAGCUCACAUUUCCAGCAGUCUUGGAUCUCAACCCUUUCGUUGCCAUUCCUGAUGAUAUAAACAUGGAUGCCAGACUCCCUUUCAAAAAAAGAGACCAAAAUGAGGUACAGGACAAUGAAGCCGAAGAGGAUGAUGAUUUAAAGACAGAGCAGGAUUUUGAAGACAGCUCUGAUGAGGACGAAUCUGGGAAAGCAAAUGAGCUCAGUGAGGAUAUGGGUUCCUUGAACAUAGAAGAAAAGUCAAAAAGCCCUGCCAUUGCACUCAACAAAGAUCUUCUAUACAACCUCAAUGCCGUCAUCACUCACAUGGGAACUCAUCAUUACGGACACUACAUUUGUUUCCGGAAGUGGCGUGGAACUUGGUGGAAAGUAAAUGAUGAGAUUGUCUCUGCAACCACCGAAGACGAAGUUCUCAGAUCUCCAGGAACGUUUAUGUUAUUCUACGAGCACGCAAAUAAGGGCGCAGAUGCUUUGUCUCAUGAGACAGAGGCAGACGAAGAAGAGGCACUGCUGCUGUCAUCUGAGGAAAUUGAGAAAAGUGAUGAAGAGAUCUUCAGAGGAAAUUCUGAAUCUGCCGACACACUUUUUCCUCGCGCCACUUUUCAGGUCGAAGAAGAACGAGCUUUAAUGUGA